AUGGAAACGAAUCGAGCCCUUAAAGAACUCGAUAAGAUUUUUUUGUGUUUAGGCCUUUCUUAUGAUAGGUCAUCUAAAAAAGAUCGUAUAAAAAGGCGCUGCAUCUAUAUUUUUAACAUUAUCUGGCACAAUAGUGACGUUUUCGGCGCGCUCGUCUGGUUUUAUGUCGCUUUGCAAAAUGGAGCGUCGUUCAUUGAGCUAACGUAUAUAGCUCCAUGUCUCGCGUUCAGUUUUCUCGCAAAUUUUCGAAUAUAUUCUGUAAUAAGCAACGAGGAGAAGGUCUACGAACUAAUUACAACGCUAAGAGAGCUGGAACACCGAGCUAUGGACGAUACGGAUAUAACUGAAAUCUUUAGAGAGGACACGAAAUUCUUGCAUAAAGUACUGAAGAUGUCUAAAGUGCUGAAUUUUACAUUGAUUUUCACGUUCUUCAUAACACCGUUAAUUUUAACUCUUGUUAAGUAUCUCAAUACUGGGAAAUGGGAUCUUUUGUUACCUUUUUUGAUUAUUUAUCCAUUUGACUCACAUGACAUAAGAUAUUGGCCGUUUGUAUAUUUGCAUCAGCUGUGGUCAGAAGUCAUAGCGAUCCUUGAGAUAUGUAGCACAGACAAUCUUUUUUACAUAUGCUGUAUGUUUAUUCGGAUACAGUUUCGUAUACUACAGACAAAAUUUUCUAAAAUAAACAUACAUAGAUCACUCAACGCUGAUUAUUUUAAGCUGGAGUUCACAGAGCUUGUGAUAUGGCAUCAACGACUAAUACGGUCCUUGAAAAUUCUAGAUCAAAUUUAUUCAAAAUCAACACUUCUUUACUUUCUAACAAGCUCAAUUAUUAUUUGUUUAACUGGCUUUAAUGUUAUGAGUAUGGGAGACAAGGCGUUUACGAGUAUGUUCCUUACCUUUCUAUUGACAAGUUUAUUGCAAAUAUUCUUUAUUUGUUUCUUCGGCGACUUGGUGAUGCAGUCGAGUUCAGGUGUAAGUUACGCAAUGUAUAGCAGCAAGUGGUACAAAGCUGAUGUUAAGUUUAGGAAACUUUGUAAUAUUGUUCAGACAAGAGCUCAGAUCGCUAGCAAGUUAACUGCUUAUGGAUUUGCUGACGUCAAUUUAAGAGCCUUUAUGAGUAUUCUGAGCACAGCCUGGUCGUAUUUCGCUCUUUUAAAAACACUGUAUAACCCAUCGUAA